ACCUAACAUAACGUGUCGACGUCGACUUCGCUCUUCGUCUUGUGGUCGCUCGUUUUCAGUCCCAGAUCCCAGCUGUGUUUCGGGGCUCUACAGCAAUAUUUUUUUGGGUCAUGCAAAAGACCCCACGCUGAAGUACUGACAGAAGUUGUUCACUGAAGAAUAAAAGAAGUACAAUUAUUCAUGCGCCUGCUGCCCGUGCUGCUAAAAAUGUCAACCGCAGCAUCACCACUAAAACCGCCAACGGGUGUCCGGGGUAUGCAAGUGCUAGACAGGGCAGCGUUUACCAAGAGUGUGACGGUGCCGUGCUUGAUCAUCCCCGCAAACGAUAUGAACAAGGUGAGGAAGACCAUCAAACCGUACCUGCUGAAGCUUGAGAAGAUGUCGUCUGUUGUCAACGGGUCCGAUAGUACGUUCAAGAAGGUACUGCUCAGCCCAGAUAUGAUCCAGACGUUGUGUGACCUGAAGGAAGCGGACCAGGAGACGCUGGAAAAGCUGGAUGCCAAGUUCGAGACAACGGAAAUCGAGGUUGGCUACAACAACUGGCGCAGUGAGCAGAUCCUGCAAGCUGUGCUACCUGAGGACGAGGACGGCACUAAGGCCUUCACGGUCAUCGGUCAUAUUCUGCACCUCAACCUGCACGAGCACCUGUUGCCUUACAAGGAUCUGAUUGGCCAAGUGCUGCUCGACAAGGUGAACGGCGUGACCACCGUGGUCAACAAGUCGGACCCCAUCGACAACACGUACCGCAACUUCACCAUGGAGGUGCUGGCUGGCGAAGAUAACCUCGUGUCCAGCGUCAAGGAGAACAACUGCAUCUUCCACCUUGACUUUGGCAAGGUCUACUGGAACUCGAGGCUGUCGACUGAGCACUUCAGAGUCGUCGACAUGAUUUCAAAAAAUGACGUCGUGUACGACGUGUUUGCCGGCGUCGGACCAUUCGCUAUUCCAGCAGCCAUUAGGGGAGCUCGCGUGCUCGCCAACGACCUCAAUCCAGAGUCUUACAAGUGGCUCCAGGUCAAUGUCAAAGAGAACAAGGUCACCAAAAAUAAUGGUAGUGUCGAAUGCUUCAACAUGGAUGGCCGGGAAUUCAUCCAGACCGUGAUCAAGAAAGACCUUGAUGAGCUGUUCGCAGCUGACAUCGACCCGAACACUAGAUUGCACAUCAUCAUGAACCUUCCAUUGAUCGCCACAACCUUCCUGAAUGCCUUCAAGGGUCUCCUGGACUCCUCGUGCAUAUACACCUUACAUCCUGUGCCCAUCACGUUCCACGUCUACUGCUUUGCCAAUUAUUUUGAGCCGGAAAAACUCGCCCUUGAGUUGGUGGAAAAAGGCCUCGGAUUCCAACUGAAAGAAGACUUAAUAGAAACCAAACUGGUGCGGAAAGUGUCGCCGAGUAAGUUUAUGGUUAGACUGACUUUCGAAUAUCCCCUAAACAUUAUUUGCAACGCCGCAUCUGAUGAAUCUUUUAAUACAAUUGAGUCCACAGAGAGUGUUAAUAAUGAGAAUGGCGGGGAAAAUUCUGAUGAGAAUAACGAGUUUGUAGUAAAGAAACUCUGUCAGGGUACUCCAAAUGUGCAAAACGAAUCACUGACUGACACAACUGUGGACAUUAGUGAUUCGUCCAAGAGUUCCGAGGGUGGCAGUGACAAGUUCUCUGAGAAUGAUGAACCUGAUGACUGUCAGGAAGGGAGCUCUCCAAAUGUGCAUAACGAAUCACUUUUGGACGAACCUGUGGACAGUAGUGAUUCGUCCGAGAGUUCGGAGGGUGGCAGUGACAAGUCCUCUGAGAAUGAUGAACCUGGGGAUCUAGAAGGGAGCUCUCCAAAUGUGAAAAACGAAUCACUUUCAGAUGAACCUGUGGACAGUAGUGAUUUGUCCGAGAGUUCGGAGGGUGGCAGUGACAAGUCCUCUGAGAAUGAUGAACCUGGUGAUUGCCUGGAAGGGAGCUCUCCAAAUGUGCAUAACGUAUCACUUUCAGACGAACCUGUGGACAUAAGUGAUUCGUCUGAGAGUUCGGAGGGUGGCAGUGACAAGAUCUCUGAGAAUGAUGAACCUGGGGAUCUGGAAGGGAGCUCUCCAAAUGUGCAAAACCAAUCAAUUUCGGAUGAACCUGUGGACACGAAUGAUUCAUCCGAGAAUUCCGAGGUUGGCAGUGGCAAGUCCAGCGAGAAUGAUGAACCUGUGGUUAAGAAACUCUGUCUGGAAAAGAGCACCCCAAGUGUACAAAACUAAUCGAAGGUGGCAUAAAUACAUUGUACAAAGUGAAGAUAGAGAACAAUUUUCCCAGAAAAAAGGGUACCUUUUUGAGAUAAAUACAACUCAACUUGAACCCUUUUAAAUGAGGUAUCCAUCUCAUUAUCAUUUGCACACCAAAUAAAAAUGUUUAAUAAUACGACUUGAAAUAUUGAAAAUCAUAUUAGUGAAAUAUGAAAAAAGAAGUUGCAAUAAAAAACAAUAUAAUAAAUAUGACGUGGUUCUAUCCAACUGAAAACUUAAGUUAACCAGAA